AUCAUCAUUCAACAAAUGUAAAUUAAACAAUAUACAACAAUAUAACUGAAAGUGUUAAUAUAUUAUAGGUAUGGUUUUGUUAACGUGAACGGGAUAUGUUCGAGUUUAAAUGAUUUAAAUAAAAUUUGAUGUUGCACGUGAGAUGUCUUAUACCGUGAUGAAUUUAGUUGAAGGCGUAAUCUUCCUUCAGUAAUAUAUUCACCCAUUCAAAAAUUACCAUCCGUUUAGUUUGAAUAUAAUAAUGUUUUUUUUUUCAGGAAUAUACUAAAUAUUUUAGUACGAAUAUGUGCAAUUUAACGAAUGUUUUGGUCGAAAUGUAUUGUUAUUACGCAAUGCUUGUAAAUAAAUAACUAUUGCAUGUUUCACCUUUGUAACAAGGAUCUCACAAAGAUGGAGAUGAAAAGUCUCUCAGAUGCAACCUACAUCGUACCAAAGUCUGGUCCAAAAAACCGAAAGACUGCCACAUAUUACACGGUGACAGCUUCUGUUCAUCCUAAUCCUGAGGAUUUACUGACACAUGUGGGGUCAAAGAGGAGGAACACAGAAGUCUCUUCAGGCAUCUCUAUGAACAAGUGUAGCAUUUGCCAAAAAGAGUUUGAGACCACCGAUGCACUUAAUAAACACCUCUUGAUACAUCAACAAAAGUUUCAAACCUGUGGCAUUUGUCAUGGAGUUUUCAAACAAGAUCAGCUCAUGUCCCACAUGUUGACCCACCAGAAAAAGAAGACUUACUGCUGUACUCAUUCUGGCUGCCGCAAAACCUACAACAACCUAAACUCUCUAAAAAAUCACUGUGUCAUGCGGCAUGGGGUCCACAACAUAUCUGCUUCUCUUGGCCAUCCGGCAUCACACUGGGAGCCAGUGGAUGAUCAUGCAAUGUCAACGCAACAUUCAUACAGUAGAGAUAUGAGUGAUCUCCUCAUCUCGCCACCUCACAUGCCAAAAGGUCCCAGUAAUGCCCAAGGGAAGUAUCCCCCUCAGGUGAAACUUUCAAAAAAGCGCAGAGAAAGUUGGACAUUAUUGACAGCAGGUAAAUCUUGUGAGGUCACAGAAAUUGAGAUGUUAAUUGAGGCUUCAUCGAAAAGACAGCGCGUUGAAGAACAGCCUGUGGUUACACAGGUCGAUGCAGUCGAUACUCCAUUAAAUGUGGAUGGUUUUGAAAGCGCUUCUGAAUUACCUGAAUCUCCCUGCGAAGAUUUGCUACUCAUUCAACCAAGCAAAGCGACAGCUACCACAAGUUUGAGAUCUACUGCAUCCGAGGACGUCGGUAUGCUGAAACACAGUUUGAGCAAGUUGAAGCAACGGCACUCGUCUUCUGUGGUUAUUCAUUCUCCUUUAUUAUAUCCUGAACCAGAGAGUGAUUUUGGUAGUGACUUUCCUGACCCUGUAAUUCCUCCAUCUCCUCCCGGCCAUGUAAUCCGUACCUAUUCUUCUGAGGCUUUGCCCAAAAACAGGAAAAGGAUUUACAGCUGUAAGGCCUCCAAGGAAGUCCUGUCUGAUGUUCCUGCGUCUUCUGUUUCUCAGCCCAGGCCUAAACAUUCACAAGAAGACUCUCCACAUCUUGUCUCAUUAAGUCAGGUAGCAUUGUCGUUCUACAGCACAUCCCCAGGCAACCCAAAGGAGUCUACUAAGAAGCCGAGAAGAAAUGAACAAAACUCUUGUAACAGAACAUAUACAAGAAGUCCAGCUGCACCUAAAACUCGAUCGCAGUCCUUAUAUGACUCCUGUGAAAAAAUGGAGGAGAACAUUUCACAGCCGGAUGAUGGACAAAAGGGUGCUUUAGGAAAAAAAUCCACAACCAAAAACCUGUCUCCUCUGAUCAUUCCUGUCUCCGUUCCAGUUUUGCCAACAAAGGCUUCGAGCUCCAGUUCAUCCCCACAUCUGGGACAGAAGCCGCAGUCCUGUAAAGGUCUUUCUAAGAAGUCUCGUCAUCUUGCCCCGUUGACCAUCUCAAGUCAACUUCCACCUUGCAUAUCCUCCCCAAAAUGCACCACUGAUCAUACAACCCAGGGUUCCCACAGAUGUGGUGCCACAGACGGUCACCCCAGCCAGCUCCGCUCACCUACAAAUUUGGCAGCGCGAUGUGUGAGCCCCAGAGUUCAUCCACCUUCCUACACCCCUCCACCAAUGCUGAGUCCUUACCGUUUGGGGACUGCACACUACACCCUGCUUCAGCAGUACCCAGCUCCAUCCAGCGUCUGCAAAGCCAUCCAUAAUGAUGUCUCCUUAUCAAUCGACAACUCAGUUGUCACCAUAAAGCCGAGGAUUAACAUCGGUUCGCGUUUUCAGGCAGAAAACAUCCCUCCAGUCCGUGACACGCUGUACAUGUUGUAUGAAGAACAUCCCGCUCAACUGGUCUGGGCCCCUUGGAAAGAUCUCACUACCAAUAAGAAGACCCAGACUAGGGUCACAGACCUGUUAGAUCUGUGCUGUUCCAGUGCACUUAAAGGAGGGGGCACCAACAUCGAACUUGCCCUCCACUGCCUUCAUGAAGUACAAGGAAACGUCCCGGCAGCAUUGGAUUUGCUUUUAAUGAGAGAAGAUUUUCGGACCUCCAGGCACCCUCUGAACGAUUACCACUACACGGGGUCAGACCACUGGACAGAUCAAGAGAUGAAACUAUUCAGGAAAGGUCUUGAAGACCACGGCAAAGACUUUCAUAAAAUUCAUCUUCUGUUACAAACUAAAUCAGUCGCUCAGUGUGUGGAGUAUUACUAUAUCAUGAAGAAGCUGAAAAAGUUCAAGCAAUGUGAACAAGGUGCAGAUCAAAAAGAUGGUGAAAAGACCCCAGUGUUCCAAGAUUCCCAAGAGUCACUGCCUGAGAGGAUUAAAGCCAACCCAAGAAAGAGAAACACUAAAGGGUCCAGUGUUCGGAAGUGGAGAUGUCCAUGUGAAGAGCCACACUUCCAGCUCAUUAAGGACAAAGACUGACUACCUCCAGGCCACAAAGACCAAAAAAGUGUUUGCAGUUUAGUUCGUAAUCCAAAUCAGAUGAUCAAAUGUAUUGGAAAUUAGUUGCAUAUUUUAACCAGAAUUUAAAAUUAAAGUUUUGAUACAAGUAUGAGAGGUUUUAUAAAGGUUUUCUGUUCGUGCUUGUUCAGCUGUUUUUAAUAAAUGGUUAAAUGUUUGUACUCAUUUGGGAUUUAUGUAACAGUGAAACUGUGUUCCCUAAUUCAUCUGACCAGAUACAAAAAGUUUUUUUUAUCAUUUGCUCUUUUGUUUUUGUUCUGUUCGGUUUGUUAUUAAGCCUGUGUUACAGAUUAUAAUUAGGUGAGAGAAUGCUUGU